AUGCCCAAGCAAACAGCAGUGACGAUUACUUUGGUGACCCUGCUGGGUGUUGCAGUGGGGGGCCUGGUUUUGUGGAAAGCAACCCAACGUCGGAAAGGAAAAGCAUGCUGUAGUAGUCAGCAAGAGGAAGCAGUUAUAAACUCGGGAGAUGAGAAACUGAUUAAGGCAGAGGAUAAGGAGGUGCUUUCCUUCUUCAGAUCUCCCAUCUUUUCCUGGGUAGAAAGGACCCUUGGUGCAGACAUAGUGAUAGUUUCAGAGCAGGAGGAGUGGGAUCGUGUUGAACCUUUGCUGAAGAAGGAGCUGGAGAAGUGGCCGGUACUUGGAAUUGAUUGUGAGUGGGUAUCUGUGGAGGGAAAAGCAAAUCCUGUAUCCCUCCUACAGAUGGCUUCUUCCAGUGGCCUCUGCAUUCUUGUUCGGUUGCCCAGGCUUCUUGCCAGUGGACACACUAUCCCAAAGACCCUGUUGGACAUCAUGGCAGAUUCUGCUGUGUUGAAAGUUGGGGUAGGAUGCUGGGAAGAUGCUUGCAAGUUACUUCAUGAUUAUGGUCUUCCAGUCAAAGGGAGUGUGGAUCUCCGGUAUUUAGCCAUGAGACAGCGGAAGGAUCUACUUCACAACUGCCUUAGCCUUAAGUCUUUAGCUGAAAAAGUCCUGAACUGCCCGCUUGACAAGUCUCCUCAUGUGCGUUGCAGCAACUGGGAGGCAGAAGAACUGACACAAGAUCAGGUUCUCUAUGCUGCUAGGGAUGCCCAGGUCUCAGUGGCUCUGUUCCUCCAUUUGCUGGGAUUUGCCAGUCUCCCUGCUACAUCUGAAGGUGAAAACGCUGUUGCUGCUUGGGAAAAAGCACUGUGUAAAUGCCGGGGCUUGGUGGAUAUCCCAUUUACAGGAAGAAGGAGUGGCAGCACAGGAGAGGAGAAGAGUGGAGAGGGACGCUCCCCUCAGAAAACAAAGAAUCGGAAAUCUUUGGUGAAUGGCCAGGCCUCUGGCAGUCAGCAAGUGAGAGAUCCACGGAGGCAGAAGCGGAAGCCACUAGGCAUGGGAUAUUCUGCACGAAAAUCUCCACUGUAUGACAACUGCUUCCUGCAUGCACCGGAUGGACAGCCCUUGUGCACUUGUGAUCGCAAGAAGGCUCAGUGGUAUCUGGACAAGGGGAUUGGAGAGCUAGUUAGCACAGACCCAUUUGUUGUGAAGCUGCGGUUUGAGCCUUCAGGACGUCCUGAGUCUCAAGUUGAUUAUUAUCUGACAGUCAAAGAGAACCUGUGUGUUGUAUGUGGCAAGCGAGAAUCCUAUAUCCG